AAGCUGACGUCUCGACAGCCCCAGAGGUGACUCAAAUUGUCGUUUGCCAGCCAUCCUAGCCUUUACUGUGCAGUUAGAAAACUCGUCCGUCACACCUCCGCCAGAACUCAAACAGCUAGCUAGAUAUACGAACUUGUCGAUAACUUCAAGCAGUUCACCUGCAAGGAUGAGUGCAGGUACAGGCUUCAUUCAGUGUUGCAACAGAACUUUACACUUAGACGGCGUAUAUUUAUGACUAGUAUUUAAACUUGAAUUUCCUAGAACUUAUACAGGAAAACUCCCAGGUUAUUACAAGGUGUAAUUCCAGGUUCAACAAGGUUAUCCCAAAUAUUUCAUUACAAAAUCCAUGAAGCCUAAACCACUAAAACCACCCACAAUUUCUGCUCCAAAAGUAAUUCUCUUCCUGAAGCUACAAUUCAGAGGAGACACAUCGGCAGAAAUGCUGAGAAACCGCCUAACUGAAAAAACUUUCCUCGAGGCUGAACUUCGAUUAACUUUCUCCACAACACUAAUCAUUCACAUGAACGUGAAGCAUAAGCUACCACUGCUGACCUCAUCAGCGUGUAUCUAUCAAUUCACCUGCUCGUGUGCAGCUAGGGAUGUCGGUAGUACCCAGCGUUUGCUAUCGAACAUUUACCUUCAUGGCUUUAUAAAGGAAAAAAAGGCUCCUGGGACACUUGAUUGGAUCUAAACACCAGGCUAACCCAUAGAGGAAGUUUAAAGUUAAUUACAGAAUACGAGGGAAUCUUGCUAG